AUGUCCCUAGACCCCGGCGAAAACUCGCAACUCGCGGGCAUCAUCGUCUGCAUUUCCGGCGACCCGACUGGAGACAAGGAUACGAACCGACAUAUUCGUGAACAAUUCACAGACGAAAACAUCAGCAGGUGGCUCAAGUACCGCGGUGGCCGGCUCACUGAGCAAGUUACUGAGGCCACCACUCAUCUGAUUUGCUCAAGAAAAGCGUACACGAAGAGGGCGACAAAUGACAAGAUAAAGACGGCUCGCAAGCUCGGUUGUCAUAUCGUCACUUACGAGUGGCUGGCUGAUACCCUACAGCUGCUGGAUUACCACAAGCGAAAGGCCCCCCCUAGGCUCUACCACCCUGGAGAGGUUCGCGAUGACGAAGCUAUCUCGGCUCUUUUCAGAAAGCCUGAGAAGAAAGUGAGGGCUUCCAAGAAGAAAGCGCUCACUGCAACGGUGUUCACUACUGUGGGUGGCGAAGGCGAUACAAGAGAUGGACAAGCUGCUGGGAAUGUGCCAGAGCAGCUGGCCACAUCUGGAGAUCGGAGCACCCAAAAGAGCUCCAAGAAGAAAGAUUCUCCAGAAUCAUCUAACUUAAGGAACAGCAAAGUCAUCAAAACCGUUGAUGGCAUGGAGAGACUUGGCAACCCGGUCGACUACCAGGCCGACAAGCCAGCUGGAAAGCCGACAGACGGCGCGAAGCCCGACAAUCAUCAGCCUCAUGUUGACCUCAGCCGCUUUACCAUCUACAGAGAUAAUUACGGCCCGUACCAGGUUGAGGUCAUCGACAGAAACGGCGCAAGGUUUGCCCUGGAGCUAUACGAGUCGAAGGCAACCCCAAAGACGUACCUAUUCAGCGUAGGAGAGUACUUGAAAGCAACUUCAAGCAAGUGCAAAAGAAAAUUCCCAAGCAAGACUCCCGGGGACAAGUACCGUGAGAUUGAGAGAUUCAAAUCCCGCUUUUGGCGUAUAAGCGGUAAGCGUUGGCGCCAGGGACAGUCCAUUUCGGGUGAUGGGUCAAGCCCCGGCCACCAGCCGCGACCUGUUCCGACAACGACGAUCAACAAUGCCACCAACAAGAGCAAGCCCGAUGGGCUCGGGAAAUUCAAGAAGGAGAGCCACACAGCCAAGUCUCUGGUCGUUCCUCAUGGACAGAGCCAGGUCGACCUCAAGACUUCGUUCAAGAGGAAGAACAGUUUCUCAGAGCAUCUACCAGCCAAAGAGCUCAAGGUCACCAAGUAUUCGAUUGCCGGUGGCUCGGGUAGGUCCAACAACGGCAAGUCCAAGACCUUGUGA